GGAACGGAGCAGAACGACACACGCUCGACAGGGGAGUGCGGACACGCAGUAACAAUGUUACGCAUGGGACAGCGAGUCUGUUUGGAAACUUUACCACACACAGAGAAAGCACAGAGACAAUUAUGGACUUGCUUUAUUAGAAGAUUCAUGAUGGCUGCCGCUGGCUUCUCACAACAUUUUUGCAUCUGGGCUUGAAUGCAGCUGCGUUCCACUUCGAGAGCUCUUAGAGUGCAUGAUGUAAAUGCAUUUCUACAGCCUCUUUAAGAUUAACUUCUGAAAUAUGAACCUCAUUCAAGCUCUCUGGACCUCCGGUCCAACUUCUGAUUAAAUCAAGCCCCUCCAAAACACCAUCAGAGGAGGGGGAAUCAAGAGCAGAGGUGGCUGGUGUUUUGUGGUGGUGGAGGACGAGGAGGAGAAGGGUUUGGAAACCAUCUACAUCCUUUGGAAUAUACCAUUGCUGGAAUACCACUGUGUAUAUGGAGUAUUGCAGAACCUUUGGGGAUUUUCGGGAUCAUUUGGAAUACUGGGAAUUUCACGUUUGUUCGCAGUCAUGAAGAUGAACCCGAGCUCUUGUUUGUGUCCUGUACUUUUGUGCCUGUGUUUUCUGGAAAAGGGUUAUGAGGCGAGGCAUCACAGCCAGGCCAAAGUCAUCUCCAGGAGCCAUAAUGCAACACACAACCAGACCAAGGACGGGGAAACAGAGGUCCACCAUCGGCCCAAACGGGGAUGGAUAUGGAACCAAUUCUUUGUCUUAGAAGAGCACAUUGGACCAGAUGCACAAUAUGUAGGAAAGCUUCAUUCAAAUUCAGACAAAGGUGAUGGCUCGGUACAGUACAUCCUGAGUGGUGAAGGUGCGGGGACUAUCUUCAUCAUCAACGAGGUUACGGGUGACAUCCACGCCACCAAGAGUCUAGACCGUGAAAAGAAGUCACAUUAUGUUCUUCAUGCGCAAGCCAUCGACCGCAACACCAACAAACCCCUGGAGCCGGAGUCAGAGUUCAUUAUCAAAGUUCAGGAUAUUAACGACAACGCUCCCAAAUUCCCCGAUGGACCUUUUGUCACAUCUGUACCUGAGAUGUCAGAAGUUGGUACAUCAGUUUUUCAAGUCACAGCGACAGAUGCAGAUGACCCAACAUAUGGAAACAGUGCACGGGUGGUUUACAGCGUUCUACAUGGACAGCCGUACUUCUCCGUUGAUCCCAAAACCGGUAUCAUCAGAACAGCCUUGGGAGACAUGGACCGAGAGGCAAGAGAGCAUUAUUCAGUGGUAAUUCAGGCCAAAGACAUGGCAGGCCAAGUGGGUGGGCUUUCGGGCUCCACCACGGUCAACAUCACGCUCACUGACGUCAACGACAACCCACCCAAAUUUCCUCAGAAGAAUUACCAGGUGUUUGUUCCCGAGUCGGCACAGGUGGGAAAACCGGUGGGAAAGAUCAAAGCCAACGAUGAGGACAUCGGAAUCAAUGCAGACAUGAAAUACACCAUCCUGAACCCAGAGGGUGCUGGAAUGUUCUCCAUUUCUACUGACAAAGACACUGGAGAGGGCAUUAUCACACUGAAAAAGCCUCUUAACUACGAAAAGAAAAAACAGUACAGUCUUCACAUUUCUGCAGAGAACACGCACCUGGCUCCACACCUCUCAUAUCUGGGCUCAUUUAAAGAUGAUGCCACACUCAGGAUUACAGUCGGAGACGUGGACGAGCCGCCCGUUUUCACAAUGGAUUAUUACAUUAUGGAGGUUUAUGAGAACACCAAAAUCGGAACUGAAGUGGGAGCUGUCACAGCGAGAGACCCGGACAGCAAAAGUAGUCCUGUCAGGUAUUUCAUCGAGCGGAGAGAAGACAAAGAGUUGUAUUUCGAUAUUGAAUCUAUCAGCGGAGUCAUUAGAACUACUCAGCAAUUGGACCGAGAGGACACGCCCUGGCACAACAUCACUGUCAUGGCAACAGAGGAGGACAACCCCAGUCUUCAGAGUCAUGUGCCCGUCACUGUGCAGGUUCUGGAUGUGAACGACAAUCCUCCAAAGAUCAACAGCAAUGAGGAAGUCAUCAUCUGUGAAAGCACCAGACCAGGACAGGUCAUUCAGACCAUCACUGCUGUGGAUAAAGAUGAUUUUGCCAACGGAAAGGGAUUUUCCUUCUCUUUUCCAGGAGAAAUUCCUGUUAACCCCAACUUUACAAUUAAAGACAAUGAAGACAGCACUGCUAGUAUCAUCGCCAGACGGCGGCGAUUCCAUAGACUGACCCAGGACCUCUACGAGCUGCCGGUAGUGGUGUGGGAUGAUGGGGAACCUGUUCUGAGCAGCACUGGGACCCUCACACUCAGAGUGUGUUCCUGUCAGAAAGGCACCAGACUCAAGAUCUGCCAGAACGAUGCAUUUCUCUCGUCUGCAGGACUUAGCACAGGCGCUCUAAUAGCCAUUCUGCUCUGUGUGCUUAUCUUACUAGUUAUUGUGAUUUUGUUCAUUGCAUUGCGACGGAGCAAAAAAGAGCCACUGAUCAUCUCCGAGGAGGACAUUCGCGAGAACGUUGUGACGUACGAUGAUGAAGGUGGCGGGGAGGAGGACACAGAGGCCUUUGACAUCAUCGCUCUCCGGAACCCAGCUGCCGCCGAGGAACUUAAAUUCCGUCGGGACGUCCGACCAGAGUGUGUCCAGUCUGGGUUGUCAAGGAGACCGCCCCGUUGCAUUUUAGGUGACCACAUUAACCCCUCAUCCCUAGACAUAAAUGUGGAAAUGGAUGUAGGGGAGUUUAUCAAACAGAGAAUGGUGGAGGCGGAUCAGGAUACUAGUAUACCACCCUAUGAUUCCUUACAAACCUACGCCUACGAGGGUCAAGGCUCACCGGCGGGCUCCAUCAGCUCACUCGGAUCAGCUGGUGAACAUUCGGAACAGAAAUACAAGUUCCUGGAUGACUGGGGCCCGGAAUUCCAAAAACUAGCAGAACUUUACUGUGAGGAACUUGAAACGGAGUCGGAAUCAACUGAAAUGGCAAAUUCGGAGAAACAGACAUAAAUGUUUGUCGAUGUUGGAAAACUGGGAACGACUAACUAUUAAAAAGAAAGCUUUGCUCUUUUUCGACAUCCAAUCUCAUCGAUAAAACGAGACGCUCUCGGAAUGUUACGCCGCCGUAACGGUACUGCUGUAAAGACAGACUUUAUUGCAGAUUUUGUUCUCUCAUUUCAUUUGGAUGUUCGGAGCUUGGAAUAACAAGACGAAUGAUUUUGAAAAGAAAAUCUAUAAAAAAUAAAUAAAUAAAAAAAUCUAAUGAAAAUAAGGAAAAUAUUUUAACUGGUGUAUAUUUUUUAUUGCUCAAUA